AUGCUGCGCCCCCUGUGUGUGGUCGCGCUCUGCGCGUCCUUCGCGGCCGCCGCGAAGGUCUACCCGUCGGCCCUGGCCCACGGCAUGGGCGACUCCUGCUUCAACGCCGGCAUGAAGGAGAUCACGGCCCUCGUCGGGAAGACGCUCGACACCUACGCGACGUGCGUGCCGACGGGCGCGACGCUCGCCGAGGACACGAACAACGGCUUCUUCAUGACCAUGAACAAGAACGUCGACGCGUUCGCCGCCGCCGUCCGGAACGACACGGGCCUCGCCGGCGGGUUCAACUGCGUCGGCUUCUCGCAGGGCAACAGCGUCUGCCGCGGCUACGUCCAGCGGUACAACGACCCGCCCGUGAAAAACGUGCUGUCGGUCCACGGCACGGUCGUCGGCGUCGCCGCGUUCCCCCACUGCGACCCGACGGGCCUCAUGGGGCCCGUGUGUCGCCUCGUGGCGUCGCUGGCCGGCGACGCCGCGUACACGGCGCUCACCCAGGGCCUCCUCUUCCAGAUCGACUACUACCGCGACCCGCUCCGCGUGACGUCCGACGCCUACAAGGCCCACUCGGAGCUCGCGGCGUGGAACAACGAGGGGAACGUCGUCAACGAGACGUACAAGCGCAACUUCGUCUCCGUGGACAAGUGGAUCAUGGUCAAGGCCGAGAAGGACACCAUGAUCCACCCCAACGAGGGCGAGCACUGGGGCGCCUUCGCGGACGGCUCCCUCAAAAAAGUCCUGCCCAUGCGGGAGACGCCGUGGUAUGUGGAGGACCUCUUCGGCCUGAAGACCGUCGACGAGCGCGGCGGCAUCUUCUUCAACGCGACGGCCGGGGACCACAUGCAGUUCACGAAGGAGGAGCUCGUCGCCUGGCUCGAGUACUACUUCCUCUAA